UCCGGAUCCGUUCGGCGCUGGAAGGCUCUCCGGGAGUAGAGAAGUGCGAACUCCGGAAUAGAAGUUCAGAGUUUUGAUGUUGUCGGUGGCCGCUGGUUGGUUCUGGUAGCUGUGGAACAGUCAGUGACGAUGUGAGUUCUCGCUUUUCGCGCGCACGAAGUUUUUGGAUCGCCGAGACUUUCCGGAAUCAACUUCAGGAUCAUGCAUUUUGGGAUAAUUCUUCUAUGGCUUUUCACAAAUCGGAUAAAGGCUUCUGGUUCUACGAGCAGGCCAGAUCGUGCUGAAGGCGUGCCGGAACACAAUAGUCCCUACUGGGAUCUUCCGCCAUAUUUUGAUAAUUCGACGAAGAAGGAAUAUGUCACCACAGUGGGGCAAACCGCUCAUUUGCAUUGCCGAGUCAGGAACCUAGGAGACAGAGCCGUUUCCUGGAUACGCAAGAGAGAUUUGCACAUAUUGACUGUGGGAAUUCUAACCUACACGAACGAUCAGCGAUUCCAGUCCCUACACACCGAUGGUUCAGACGAAUGGACGCUGAAGGUGACAUCUCCUCAAGUUAGGGAUAGCGGUAUUUACGAAUGCCAAGUCAGUACGGAGCCGAAGAUUAGCCAGGCCUUCAAACUUAGCGUUGUAGUUUCCAAAGCGAAGAUAAUAGGAAAUCCAGAAUUAUAUAUCAGAAGCGGAAGCGAUAUCAACCUGACGUGCAUAGUCCUCCAAACGCCAGAUCCUCCCAGUUUCAUCUACUGGUAUCGAGGGGGGAGCGUAAUCAACUACUCCCAAAGGGGCGGAAUCAGCGUAGUCACCGAAAAACAGACACGUACGAGCCGUUUGCUGAUUUCGCGGGCCCUGCCGGAAGAUAGCGGCAACUACACCUGUUCGCCGUCCACCAGUGACGCUGCCAGCGUGCUGGUACACGUUCUACAGGGUGAGCAACCCGCGGCGAUGCAACACGGGUGCGCAUUCAGACUGAGGACCACCGUGUGGACCGCGUAUUUGACUGUGGUGAUGAGUAUGUUGGUGUGUUUGCUGGGCGAUAGGUAAUUGGUUCGCGGAUCACGUUAGCAUCCCAUAUAACACCGAUAUACUUGAGAAAUGACGGCCGACUAUUGAAAUAUGAUACUUUCCCGCCGUCGAUAGGUGUCCAGGCGGCCGCCAGCUGGCCCUAAUACACAUUACCGGCGAUCAAGUCAUAAUUUUUGUCGGUAACUCAACCGAAAAGAUACAUAUAAUGAUGAAGAUGAAGAGCCCUAAUUUCGAGUGACAAUGGAAAAUGAAAAAACUCCGCCGCCCCGUGUGAGAGUCGAACUCACACCCUAUGGGUUACAUGCCCAACGCUCUGUCAAUUGAGCUAACGGGUCAUCCGUCGAUCAAUCGGCAGGGAGGUCGAGUUCUCAUCACACACCGGCGGCAGAAUCCUUCCAAUUCCCGAAGUCACUCGAAAUCAAGCACUAUACGAAGUCACUCGAAAUCAUGCACUAUACGAAGC